AUGUCGCCCGAGUCUUGCGGGUGUGGUGGUAAGUGGGGACACCAGUGGAAUGAAUCCAAAUCAAAAAUGUCUGCCAGAAAAACAGCCGGUCGUCGAGCAACGACAAAAAAACGUGCUCAACGCGCAACAUCAAAUGUGUUCGCGAUGUUCGACCAGGCUCAAAUCGCUGAAUUUAAAGAAGCAUUUAAUAUGAUCGAUCACAACCAUGAUGGGUUCAUUGACAAAGAAGAUCUUCAUGACAUGCUUGCCUCGUUAGGAAAAAGUCCUACUGAUGAGUACCUUGAGGGCAUGAUGAACGAAGCACCUGGACCAAUUAAUUUCACAAUGUUUUUAACAUUAUUCGGUGAAAGGCUUCAGGGAACGGACCCGGAAGAUGUUAUUAAAAACGCAUUUGGUUGUUUUGAUGAAGAAAAUAAUGGGCAUAUCAACGAAGAACGUCUUCGUGAACUUUUAACAACUAUGGGAGAUCGGUUCACCGAUGACGAUGUCGAUGAAAUGUACCGUGAAGCCCCGAUUAAAGGAUCAAUGUUUGAUUACAUUGAGUUCACUAGGAUUCUGAAGCACGGAGCUAAAGACAAGGAUGAACAGUAA